AACACGAAGAAGAAGAAGAAGAAGAAGAAGAGCAGCCGGAACUAUCGGCGGCUACUGUUCGCUCUGCAUCGGGAGGAGUUCGAGGUUGCGCUCUGUACAUACAUGGAAACGGAUACGAGGUUGGACUCGUCUCUUCAUUUUUACUCCUGUGUUUUCAACAGUUUCGAAGUCUUUGAUGUAUGUGUAAUGUCUUCAGUCAUCUCUCCGGGGUUUCAGAGCAGCACGCGGGACUUCCGCUUCGGGCCCUGGACUCUCACCGCCGCCAAGACGCACAUCAUGAAGUCCAAAGACAUCGAGAGGUUAGCAGAGACCAUGAACAUGCCGGCUCUCCCAGAGAUGCUGUUCGGAGACAAUGUGCUGCGCAUUCAGCACGCCGACGGUUUCGGAAUCGAGUUCAACGCCAUCGACGCUCUCAAGCGUGUCAACAACAUGCAGGACUCUGUGAAAGUGGCUUGCGCGCAGGAGUGGCAGGACAGCAGAGCCGAGUCGGAGGCGUCUAAAGAGGUGGUGAAGCGCUACGACUGGACCUACACCACAGAUUACAGGGGCACUUUACUGGGAGAGCAGCUGCAGAUCCAGGUGAAGCCCACCGCCGAGCGCAUCGACAUGGAGAAGCUGCGAGCGCGAGAACAGAUCAAGUUCUUCGAGGACGUGCUGCUGUUCGAGGACGAGCUGCACGAUCACGGCGUGUCCAUGAUCAGCGUGAAGAUCAGAGUGAUGCCCACCAGCUUCUUCCUCCUGCUGCGGUUCUUCCUGCGAGUGGACGGCGUGCUGAUCAGGAUAAACGACACGCGUCUUUAUCACGAGGCUGGAAAAAACCACAUGCUUCGAGAAUUCAGCACACGUGAAAGUAAAAUGUCAGACCUCCAGCACGUUCCUCCAGCGGUUUACACAGACCCCAAUGAAAUCUCCCCGCAGCUGCCGCUGAAGCUCAUCGAGUGCGAGAAACUGGAGUUUCCAGAGAGAACGCCGCAAGCAGAACCAUCCGAGUGACGCCGAGCAGAGCGCUCGCUGCAGACUCGAACCCACUAAACCUGAACUCUGUACAUGUUUGAUGUGGAGGAUUUCAUUAAAAUCCUUUGAUUCAGAAGUAUGUCUAGAUGUGAUGAGAAUGAACUAAUACUGAAACAAAAACUCACUUGUAGCGUAUAGUUCAGUUUUUCCGAUCGCUAACACACUGUAACUGAAUCAGCGGGCACAGUUUCUCAAAACUCUAUAAACACGUUCCAGUGUGCUGUCGGUUGUGAUGUUUCAUGUUCAGUUCUUUGGUGUUGAGCGUUUCUGGUGUAUUUCAGAUCUCUUUACAGUGGUGUGAUGAAUGUUUAUUUUCCAGUUUCUGCACUCCUUCAUUGUUGUUGUGUGCUGUAAAAUAACUCCGGACUCCCAAUCAGAGGGUUUUAUCUCCGUGUUUUGAACUGAUCUCACUAGUGUGCUCUAGGCACUGUCCGUUUGUGCACCUGGAGGGCUUUUUGUGUCAGCUGAGGCUAAAGUUGGAUUAUGACUAAAGAGAAUGUUUUUGAUGAAAAUAUUUGAUUUUGACAUGAGAGUUUGAGGCGUUUUCAAAUUGGUGUGUAGUUCUGAGAUUGUGUUUAUACUUUUGAGAAAAUUGUGAAUUUUAUGAAUUUUGUGUUAGCUAUUGAGAAAAACUGUAGUAACUCCUGAUGCUGGUCUGAAAUCUCCUGGAGAUGAUUGAGGUUUUAGUUAAUAAUCCCAGAACGCUUUAAAUGUGACGCACGUGUGUUAGACGCGCUCGUAGUUCAGUGACUCUUUAGCUGUAAUAUAUGAGCUAACUUAUAUUUGCUUUUAUUUGUUGAGAAAUUCUCUCGAGUAGAGUGGGAGUAUUAAAUGUCUGUUUGGGAUAAAAAUCAAAAAUAAACUAAAUUUAACGUU